AUGAGCUACAGCGAGGGGCUAACUGGAGCCCCACCCAUCAGCGAGGUGCCUCUGGAGCUGCUGGAAGAAGUGCUUUGGCUUUUCCGAGUAGAGGAUGCAACUCCUUGGAAUAUGUCCAUGUUCGUCCUGGCGGCCUUGGUGGUCAUAAUAAGCUUCAUCCUCUUGGGAAGGAACAUCCAGGCAAACAGAAAUCAAAAGAAGCUGCCACCGGAAAAACAAACUCCAGAAGUCCUGUACUUGGCUGAGGGUGGAAACAAAGAUGAGAACAACCUGACCAUCCUAACAGAGACUCUGCUCUCUGAAAAGCCAACUUUGGCCCAGGGAGAAAUGGAGGCAAAAUACAGGGAUGUGCCACUGGUCCAUCUUCCAGACCCACAAGAAUCUGAAAGCUAG